AUGGCAACCACCACCACCACAACCACAACCACAACCACACCACUCUACCCGCCCCAUCCUCAUCCAAACCCCAACAAAGCCAAACCCGCCACACACCCACAGCUCCCGUUCCCACCAGCCUCGAUCCCACCGCCCCCCCUGUCAACCCUCCUCGCCCACCUCCCCCAGGGCGGCGGCGGCGGCGGCGGCGCCCUCCUCCCCUCGCCCACAUCCCUGCGCCUGCCCACCACCUGGCGCUGCGGCACGUGUGGGACCCUGCACAGCGUGCCCGAACUCAUGGCCACGGCCCCCACCGCCACCGCUGGCAGGUCUGACUCCGGCUCCGGCUCCGACACGGACGACGAGGAUAGGGACAGGGACAGGGAGACGGGGGGAGGGGUGGUGCGCUGCGUCUGCCGCCGGCCGGCGCUGCAGGCUGUGUAUGACCAGCUCGGCGAGCUGUACCUCUUUUGGCGGGAUGAUCCGGCUGUGGCUGAUUUGAGCGUGCCGCGCAUGGCGGAGGAGGCGCGCUGGCGGGUGAGGACGGCGGGCGGGGAUGGGUGGUGGGUUGGUGGUGCUGGUGGUGUGUAG